UUCCUGCGCUGCACCGUCCUCCGCGGCGGCACCGCUUGGCGAAGAGAUCUGUUGUUAYAAAGCCUGGACCUCCGGAGGAGAUGGAAGUUUUCUCCCUCAUCCUGGUCGUGUCCGUCUGUUGGACUCGAACCUGGAAAGCGGCGAUUGCAGAUUCAAUCAUUCAUAUCGGAGCGAUUUUUGAUGAAUCUGCCAAAAAAGAUGAGGAAGUUUUUCGAAUGGCAGUUGCUGAUCUCAACCAGAAUGAUGAAAUCUUGCAAACAGAGAAAAUCACAUGUUCAGUGACGUUUGUGGAUGGCAACAAUCCUUUCCAGGCUGUUCAAGAAGCCUGUGACCUGAUGAACCAGGGCAUCCUGGCCCUGGUCAGCUCCAUCGGCUGCACRUCAGCGGGAUCUCUGCAGUCUCUGGCAGACGCCAUGCACAUCCCCCAUCUCUUCAUCCAACGUGCCCCGGCGGGAACGCCGCGCAGCGGCUGCGGGCUCACCAGGAGCAACCGCAACGACGACUACACGCUGUCCGUGCGCCCCCCUGUCUACCUGAACGAUGUCAUCUUGAGAGUGGUCACMGAAUACGCCUGGCAGAAAUUCAUCAUUUUUUACGAUAAUGAUUAUGAUAUCCGUGGAAUACAGGAAUUUUUAGACAAAGUAUCUCAACAGGGAAUGGAUGUAGCUCUACAGAAAGUAGAAAACAACAUCAAUAAAAUGAUCACGGGGCUCUUUGCCACGAUGAGAAUAGAAGAGCUGAACCGCUACCGGGAUACCCUGAGACGAGCUAUUCUCAUAAUGAACCCUUCGACAGCCAAAUCAUUCCUAACAGAGGUCGUGGAGACUAAUUUGGUUGCUUUUGACUGUCACUGGAUCAUUAUAAAUGAGGAAAUAAAUGAUGUGGAUGUGCAGGAGCUGGUGAGAAGGUCAAUUGGAAGGUUAACAAUUAUCCGACAGACGUUUCCAGUCCCCCAAAACAUCAGUCAGCGCUGUUUCCGUGGCAACCACAGAAUAUCUUCAUCACUGUGUGAUCCGAAGGACCCUUUCUCCCAAAGCAUGGAGAUUACAAACCUAUAUAUAUACGACACUGUCCUCCUGCUGGCAAAUGCCUUUCAUAAGAAGCUGGAGGACAGGAAGUGGCACAGCAUGGCCAGCCUCACCUGCAUCAGGAAGAACUCCAAACCCUGGCAAGGAGGACGAUCCAUGUUGGAAACCAUCAAGAAGGGUGGAGUGAAUGGCUUGACUGGAGAACUGGAAUUUGCAGAAAAUGGGGGGAAUCCCAAUGUGCAUUUUGAAAUUUUGGGGACGAACUAUGGAGAAGAUCUCGGCAGAGGCAUCCGCAAGCUUGGCUGCUGGAAUCCUGUCACUGGGCUGAAUGGRUCCCUAACAGACAGAAAGCUGGAGAAUAACAUGCGAGGAGUGGUUCUGCGUGUGGUGACUGUGCUGGAAGAGCCCUUUGUCAUGGUGUCUGAAAAUGUUCUGGGAAAACCAAAGAAGUAUCAGGGCUUCUCAAUAGACGUGUUGGAAGCWUUGGCCACUUACCUCGGCUUUAAGUAUGAAAUUUACGUAGCACCAGAUCACAAGUAUGGGAGUCCUCAGGAUGAUGGGUCGUGGAACGGCCUGAUAGGAGAACUGGUGUUUAAGAGAGCUGACAUAGGGAUCUCUGCCCUGACCAUCACCCCUGACAGGGAGAACGUGGUGGACUUCACGACRCGUUACAUGGACUACUCGGUGGGCGUGCUGCUGCGGAAGGCGGAGAAGACCGUGGACAUGUUUGCCUGCCUGGCACCCUUUGACCUCUCCCUGUGGGCCUGCAUUGCUGGCACGGUGCUCUUGGUAGGGCUCCUGGUCUACCUCUUGAACUGGCUCAACCCCCCGCGCCUUCAGAUGGGAUCCAUGACGUCUACAACCCUCUACAACUCCAUGUGGUUUGUCUAUGGAUCCUUCGUGCAACAGGGAGGAGAGGUUCCAUACACAACCCUGGCAACACGACUGAUGAUGGGAGCUUGGUGGCUUUUUGCUUUGAUUGUCAUCUCCUCCUACACGGCCAACCUAGCAGCUUUCCUCACCAUCACRCGCAUUGAGAACUCCAUCCAGUCUCUCCAGGAUCUCUCAAGGCAGACGGAUAUUCCUUACGGCACAGUCUUGGACUCGGCGGUGUACGAGCACGUGCGGGUGAAAGGGAUGAAUCCCUUYGAGAGGGACAGCAUGUAUUCCCAAAUGUGGCGCAUGAUCAACCGGAGUAACGGCUCGGAGAACAACGUCCUGGAGUCCACUGCAGGCAUCCAGAAGGUGAAAUACGGGAAUUAUGCCUUUGUGUGGGACGCAGCAGUGCUGGAGUACGUGGCCAUCAACGAUGCCGAGUGCUCUUUCUACACAGUGGGGAACACUGUCGCCGACAGAGGAUACGGGAUCGCCCUGCAGCACGGCAGCCCCUACCGAGACGCCUUCUCACAAAGGAUUUUGGAGCUGCAGCAGAAUGGUGACAUGGACGUACUGAAGCAUAAGUGGUGGCCGAAGAAUGGUCAGUGUGAUCUUUACUCAUCUGUGGAUACCAAACAGAAAGGAGGUGCCCUGGACAUAAAAAGUUUUGCAGGUGUUUUCUGCAUCCUCGCUGCAGGGAUUGUCCUAUCCUGUUUCAUUGCAAUGUUGGAAACGUGGUGGAAUAAAAGGAAAGGCUCCCGGGUUCCAUCAAAAGAGGACGACAAGGAGAUCGACCUGGAGCACCUCCACAGGCGCGUGAACAGCCUCUGCACAGACGACGACAGUCCCCAUAAACAGUUCUCCACCUCAUCGAUUGACUUGACCCCGCUGGACAUUGACACUUUACCCACACGGCAGGCACUGGAGCAAAUCAGUGACUUCAGGAACACUCACAUCACCACAACCACCUUCAUACCAGAGCAGAUCCAGACUCUGAGCCGCACGCUGUCCGCUAAAGCCGCCUCGGGAUUCUCCUUCGGCAGCGUGCCCGAGCACCGAACUGGCCCUUUCAGGCACAGGGCACCCAAYGGGGGCUUUUUCAGAAGCCCCAUCAAAACAAUGUCAUCUAUCCCUUACCAACCAACUCCUACCCUGGGCCUGAAUAUCGGUAGUGACCCAGACCGAGGCACCUCCAUCUGAGCAUCAGAACAAGUUUCUUCACUGUUUCGUAUUUAGGACUCCCUUUGCAAGGAGCAGCUGUAAUAUUGUGGGACUAACAUGGAUGUAACCUUUCUUCUUUUCCUUAUUUUUUGGUUUUGAGGGUUGUGGUUUGG